AUGCUGCGGGCAAAACGGCAAAACACACAACCCUUAGAAGACCUCUCCGUCGCGCCUGCGACCUUCUCCGAUGGUCUCCCUCUUCCCAAGCUGAUCGUCUUCGAUCUCGACUACACGUUGUGGCCCUUCUGGGUGGACACGCACGUCAGCGCGCCGGUGAAGCCCAAAGACAACAACUCUCGUGUUGUCGACCGAUGGGGCGAGUCGUUUGCCUUUUAUCCCGCCGUCUCGUCGAUCGUUUGUGCGUGCAAGGCCAAGUCGAUCCCCCUCGCGCUGGCCUCGCGCACUCACGCACCCGACCUCGCGCGCGAUGUUCUCAAGGCGCUGCAUAUCAUACCGACCUUCUCGGACAACCCGGCGGCCACCAGCAAGACGAGCCGGGCGCUGGAAUACUUCGACUACAUCCAGAUCUUCCCCGCGACCAAGACACAGCAUUUCGCCCGGAUCCAGAGCGCCAGCGGCAUUGCGUACGAGGAUAUGCUCUUCUUCGACGACGAGGCGCGCAACCGGAACGUCGAGACGGAGCUCAAUGUCACCUUCUGUCUGGUGCGAGAUGGGAUGACGCGCGAGGAGGUUGACCGGGGGGUUUGGGCGUGGCGGAAGAGAAAUGGCAUCAAGCCGGUUGAAACAGUCAGCACCCAGUAG